AUCACCGCCGACGACGGCCACAUACUUUCUACAUCGUCGUUGGCAUCGUCGAACCGUUGCAUGACCCAUCAUGAAGAGUCUCAAGAAAUCUUUUCUCAAAAAGACCUCCCAGGAUUCGACGGGUUCGAAGAAUAAGGAGUCCAAAUCAUCCUCUUCGUCGUCAUUUGGCGGCUCCGCGUCGUCCGCAGCCAGUGCCGCUCCGCCUCCACCGCCCAAGCCGCAUCCGCAGCAAAGCACCAACGGCUCAAGCGCGAGUUCUGUGCACUCGCUGACCUCUGCGUCAUCUGCUGCAUCGUCAACGCGCUCUGGCUCUCCUGCAAGCGCAUCCUCUAUUGGUAGCGGUCGUCAUGGAGGUGAAGGGGCCGUUUCCCCUCCCAUUGUGGUUGUCAGCCCCGAUGCUGCUGGAGACGGACAUCGCUUGGCGGCUGGCGGCAAGGACGCGGCUGGUCCCGGAGGUGCAGCCACCCCGCCUCGCAACACGACUCUGAACAGACUCCGCGCCGGUCCCAAGGACACGAUCCCGAUGGUGGGCAAGCCGCCGAGGAAGCAGAGGAGCAGUCGCUUCGUUGUGACGGAGAAGGUCGAGAUUGAGCGGCUUCCCGCCUUUGCUGAGACGCCGCCGAGUGAGCGUCCGAGUCUCUUUGUCCGGAAGCUGCACCAAUGCCGCGUCCUGUUCGACUUCAAUGACGCUAGCGCCGAACUUCGUGGCAAGCAGAUCAAGGCGCAAACUCUUCACGAGAUGCUGGAAUACAUCACUACCCAGCGCGGUGUGAUUACGGAGAACGUAUACCCUGAGGUGGUCAACAUGUUUGCAACCAACCUCUUCCGCUCCAUACCCCCGCCCGUAAACCCUACCGGCGACGCGUUCGACCCUGAAGAGGACGAACCUGUGUUGGAGCUUGCCUGGCCGCAUCUCCAAAUUGUCUACGAAUUCUUCCUGCGCUUCGUCGAAAGCCCGGACUUCAAUACGAACCUGGCCAAACGCUACAUCGACCAGUCAUUCGUUCUGAACUUGCUCGAGCUCUUCGACUCGGAAGACCCACGCGAGCGUGACUUCCUGAAGACGACGCUUCACCGAAUUUACGGCAAGUUCCUCAACUUGCGCGCGUUCAUUCGGCGCUCAAUCAACAACGUCUUCUUCCACUUUGUCUACGAGACGGAGCGCCACAACGGUAUCGCAGAGCUCCUCGAAAUCCUCGGCUCCAUCAUCAACGGCUUCGCGUUACCACUCAAGGAGGAACACAAAAUCUUCCUGACACGCGUGCUCCUACCUCUGCACAAGGUCAAGUCGCUGUCGCUUUAUCACCCACAACUCGCAUAUUGCGUGGUCCAGUUCCUCGAGAAGGACCCUGGGCUCGCGGAGGAAGUCAUGCUCGGUCUGCUCAAGUUCUGGCCGAAGGUCAACUCGCCCAAGGAGGUCAUGUUCUUGAACGAGGUGGAGGAGGUCCUCGACGUCACGGACCCCGCGGAAUUCCAGAAGAUCCAGGUCCCGCUGUUCCACCAGCUCGCCAGGUGCAUCAACAGCCAGCACUUCCAAGUCGCCGAGCGUGCGCUUCUGUAUUGGAACAACGAGUACGUUGUGAACCUCAUGAGCGACAAUCUGCCCGUCAUCCUGCCCAUCGUCUUCCCGGCUUUGUACACGAACUCGCGGAGCCACUGGAAUAGGACCAUCCACGGCAUGGUGUACAACGCUCUUCGACUCUUCAUGGAGAUCAACCCGGAACUGUUCGACGAAUCGAUGCGGCAAUAUCGCCAGAAGAAGAUUGAGGAACAACGCGCUGCCGUUCAGCGCUACGAGGCUUGGCAAAAGCUGCGCGAUAUCGCUGUCAAGAACGCUGGCGGGAAGCUGCCUGAAGGAUACAAGGACAUUCCUCACCCUCCGCCGCCCCCGCCGCCAGCCGUCGAGGACCAAGACAUCAUGGAACUUUCGAUGGAGCUCAACGCGGCGACUAUCGAUGACGUUUCUGACUUGGAUGAGUCUGGGAUGGAGCGCAUACCGACGGCAGACCCUGGUCUCGAGGGUCAGGUACCUGACAGCCCUGGAUUGGGAGGCGCAGCGGGCCAACAUGUGCGGAGGCGAAGCGUUCUACCAGUUGACCCGACCGUUAUUCGGGAUUUGCAAGCGCACCGGAGCCUUGACGACACGGUGCCAUCCAGGGAAGGCCACUAACUGGGUGUAUCUUGUAAGCGUCAGACGCGAGCCGUACCAUCCAGUGCAUAUACAUAUAUCCAUUUUAUACUCCUUUCGAGCAGUACAUAUUCGACUCUUCGUGGUACCCUGUCGCUAUCGUCUCAGUCUCACCGGCUUGCUGGAUUGUAAACGCGCUCUGAGUUCGCUCGUAGUACCCAUCACAUUCCUUGACUUUCUGCCUGUCGCCUGCACGUGUAGCGCCCGCCGUUUCGCCCUGUUCCUUAGAAGAAAUGCCAUGAACGCUGAGCGGAGCUCGAGGCGCUGCCUGCCACCGUCUGGGAGGCCGCACG